CUUGAAGACACAGUCAGUUGUGGAUGAGUCGUAGCUACUAAUGUACGGAGACACGAACACUCACAGACUGACGGAAUGGGUCACGUUUGGUUUUUAUGCACAGUUCUAAUUUUAUUCGCCUUACCUGGAGGGUGGUUUGAACCUGUUAUCACUCCCAAUGCCACUCAUCUGGUGAUACCAAAAGGUGGACAAUUGCAACUCAGUUGUUUUGAUAAUGCAGAGGCGAACAAUGUGCAAUGGAUGCGAGAAAAAGGUCGUAAAAUUGAGGGAGGGCUAGAGGAAAAUGGAGCUAGUUUUAUCCUCCUCACCUCUACACAGGUACAGCAUAUGGGCCGUUACACCUGUGAAAACAUACAAACGAAGGAGAAGAGCUCCAUCUACAUCUAUGUGAAAGAUUUGGAGAAUCCUUUUGUACGCUCCAUGUUGGAUGGCAUUUUGGUGAGGGAAGGAGAAGAUGGCACUCUUCCUUGUUUAGUAACAGAUCCAGCUGUCAAUCAUAUGUCCCUUCUGACCUGUGGGGGCUCUGGUCUACCAGCUGGUUUCACCUACAAUGCACACCCCCAGAAAGGGAUCACCAUCAAAAAUGUCUCCAGAGCUUUUGAGGGUUGCUACAUUUGUGCAGGAGAGAUGGAUGAAAAACCUGUGAAAUCAAGCCCGUAUAACUUGGGUGUACGGCCAGUUCCGGAGACGGUGCCAUCGAUCAGCCUAUCCAGAAUCGAAAAUGUGAUUCUGAUUCAGGGUCAGGAGUUUGUGCUCAACUGUAGCACCAUCAACAUCAACCAUGAUAUCAGCCUGAGCUGGAGUAUCCCUUCUGAAACGAUAGCAAUGCAAAGCAAAAAAUCAAACAUCCUGCCCGGUUCUCGAGAAUACCAGCGCUCAGCAGGACUGCACAUCAAAUCUGUGAAGAUGAAUGACUCAGGAGUCUAUCGCUGUAUUGCAAGGAAUGAGAAAGGUGUCUCUAUGGCAACUGUCAAUCUGGAGGUUUACGAGCAUGGUUUCCUUAACCUUACGGAGGGAGAACACAGGGUGGUGGAGGUGAGAGAGGGAGAAAGCCUGACCCUCAGCGUGGAGAUGACUUCAUACCCCAGUCCCACCGAAGUCUACUGGAUCUAUAACAACCAACAGCUCAAAAACACAUCUGAACACGUCAUUUCACUGCACAACCAGCAGUACAGGUACAUCAGUAAAAUAAGGUUGGUUCGAGUUCAUGGAUCAGAGGGCGGGAUCUACACUUUCUCAGCCAAUCACACAUAUGCAUCUGUAAAUCAGUCAUUCACCGUCCAUGUUAUAUGUAAACCAGUGAUAGUUUCCCAGGAGGGGCCGGUUGAUGGACAGGUGCGGUGUGUUGCUUCAGGAUAUCCUGUCCCAAAAAUAUCUUGGUACUACUGCGAGCCGCCACAUACACGGUGCUCCCACCUGUUGAAUGCGACACAGGCAGAUGAGGAGUUUGCCGUGGUCAGAGUGUCAGGGGAAGAAUUUGGACGAAGCGAGGUGGAUAGUCGACUUAAUGUCAGCAAAGGAAAAUUUCACACACUUGAGUGUGUGGCAACAACCCAGGGAGAGCAGGCCUACACCCUCUUUUCCAUCAGUGAGAGAACAGUGCCCCAUAAGCUGUUCACACCUCUGUUGUCUGGUGUCAUGUCUACUUCUGUUCUGCUCAGCUUCUUUCUGGUGGUUCUGCUCUACAAAUUCAUGCAGAAACCCAAAUAUGAGAUCCACUGGAAAGUGAUCGAAAGUUUUGAUGGCAACAGUUAUACCUACAUAGACCCAACGCAGCUGCCUUAUGACCCCAAAUGGGAGUUUCCACGGGAGAGACUGCGUUUUGGUAAAGUCCUCGGCUCUGGAGCAUUUGGGAAAGUGGUGUCAGCUACAGCGUAUGGACUUUGCUCAGCUGAUACAGUAUCCAUCGUUGCUGUAAAAAUGCUAAAACCGAGUGCUCACUCCACUGAGAAAGAGGCUCUAAUGUCAGAGCUGAAGGUUCUGAGCUACAUUGGCAAUCAUAUAAACAUUGUCAACUUGCUUGGUGCCUGUACAGUAGGAGGCCCCACUCUGGUGAUCACAGAAUACUGUUGCUAUGGCGACCUACUGAAUUUCCUGAGAAGAACGCGGGAUGCAUUUUUCAGUUCCAAAACAAGCGAUGGAUAUUACAAAAAUCUGCUCAGCCAAACACAGCUUUCAAGAGAGGGCACUGAUAAUGGAUACAUGCCCAUGAGGUCGUAUCAGAAAAGAUCGAAUCAGACAGGUAGGUGCAUUUCAAAAGAAUACAAGCAAAAUACAACCACUUUUACCCCCAGCAUCUUUUUAAUUUAUAAUUUUCAUUCUGUAUCAUCUCUCUCAGAAUGGUGCGAUGAUAAAGAUGAUCUCUCUUUGGAUACUGAGGAUUUACUCAGCUUCUCAUAUCAAGUUGCUAAAGGCAUGGACUUCCUCACAUCCAAAAAUUGUAUUCACAGAGAUCUGGCUGCCAGGAAUGUAUUACUGACUCAGGGUCGGGUAGCAAAGAUAUGUGAUUUCGGUUUGGCACGUGACAUCACAAGAGAUUCCAGCUACGUCCUGAGAGGAAAUGCACGUUUACCUGUGAAAUGGAUGUCCCCAGAGAGCCUGUUUGCUUGCGUGUACACUUUUGAGAGUGAUGUCUGGUCCUAUGGCAUCCUAUUGUGGGAGAUCUUCUCUCUGGGUAACAUGCCAUAUCCGGGUAUUCCAGUUGGAUCCACAUUCUAUAAGAUGAUACAAGAUGGAUACAGAAUGAGCGAGCCUGAGUUUGCCCCAAGUGAAGUUUAUGAGGUAAUGAGAUGGUGUUGGAGUGCAGACCCUCUGAAGAGACCAACCUUCAAGAAACUGGUGGAAAGGACUGAACACCUGCUGUCGGAGACCACCAAACAUGAUUACUUGAAUCUUAGCACUAGUGGCAGCUGUGAGGCGUUUGUUCCUCCAGGCCUGCAGAGGGCAGAAAGGCUGAGCUCUGUGGGCAGCUCGACAGCCUCAACUCAACCCCUGCUGCAGGCAACAAAUGAUGUUUUUCUGGAGCAUCAGAGCAUAUAAAUGACAUCUCGUUCCUUGUUUUGCCUCAUUUUCUCAAUAGGUUUGACCUAAAUGCCUUAUUCUCCAUUUAAGUUCUAACUGUAAUAGUGGCAUUUAAGUGCACCCUCCUGCUCUCUGUUUGGCUAAAUGCAACUCCAUUGGCCUCGUCUUCCAUUAUAUUUCAAACUACUCAAGACACCAUUUCCAGCCACGUAACUGUUAAUGUAUUUUUCAAAAUGCAGCUGGGGCUCCGUUUUAUGGUAUUGAUCUACAUAGUAUUUUGAGUGCAUGAGCAGCUAAUGUGGCCAUGCAAGCAUUUAGAUAUAGAACCUAAUGUUACCUCAUCAGAUAAAUGACCAGCUCUCCUGAUGAAAUCAUUGAGUAGUGACCUGUGAUGAAUUUGUGUUUUGUAUUCUUU